AUGUCCUAUGGCCGACGCACCUGGGACGAGGCCGAGUAUGCUGAGCGGGCCCGUGUUUCUCAGGAGCGUCGCAAGGAGCAGCCCGUGGUGGAGAAGGCCACGGUUCGUGGGUUUUUCGAGGCCCGCCGCGAGCAGCUCGACAAGGUUGACAAGUUCAACAGGGUCACCUUUGUUGGGUCGAUGAACGCCAAGGAGGCCAGUUUCUUUUGCGACGUGUGCAAUCGACGGUUCAAGGACGACCUGAAGUUUGUCGAGCACCUCAACUCCAAGGAACAUCUGGUGAACUCGGGGUUUUCACAUGAGUCGGAGCUUCAGCGCGACGUGACGCUCGAUCAGGUGAAGCAGCGUCUCGCACAGCUCAAGAGCAAGCUGGACCAACCCCGGGAGGCGGAGCAGGAGGAAGAUUUCGCUGCAGGAGUGGAAAAACUGCGGCACAAGCACGAACUGGAGCAGGAGAAGAAACGGGCGAAAAAACGCAAGCGCAAGGCAAAUUCCGCUGAUCCUGCUGACGCUGACGACACAGGGCAGGACGAGAUGAAGAAAAUGAUGGGGUUUGCCAAUUUCAACAAAGACGAGGCGAAGGAGUUCCAUGUUUCGAAUCUGGCAGACGUUUCGCGCGCUGGACUUUCGUGGGUGACGCUGGCGUUCUUGACAAACAACAGGUUUGACGAGAUCGAGGACUGGAUCGAGGAUGUUCGCCAGUUUCCGGGGAACGUUAUUUUAUCUAUCGGUGGAGCCACGGGGGAGUAUCCGUCUGAUCAUCAUUCUGUCGAGCGCGAAGCUGAGCGACUGAUCGGACUGGUCUCCAAGGCCGGAUUCAAAGGUCUUGAUCUGGACAUUGAGGGGGAAGUUCUCAAAAAGCACGCCAAGGUGGAGAAGCUGGCCAAGAUCGUCCAUGAUGUUCAGACCUGUUUUGGGCGCGAUUUCCAUGUUUCCUUGACGCUUCCCGUGGAAUUCGAGGGAGCGCUCAACGAAGACGCUGUUUUGGCUAUUCAAACCAUGAAACGCCAUAGAGUGUCUCUUAAGUUCAUCAACGGCAUGAUCAUGGAUUACUACACAAAGCUGCCUCCGCAGUCCACAUGGGGCCGCGAGAACAUCCGCAUUCUGACCGAGAUGAACCGCCAGCUGUGCUCGAUCCUGCGCAUUUCAGAGCCCGAGGCCUGGAAACUCACCGGAUUGUGUCCAAUGAUCGGAUACAACGACGACCACACGGUGUUCACCCUGGACGAUUGGAACGCGGUGCUGGAGUUUGCACGUGCCAUGAACGUCGGUCUGGUCACCUACUGGGCCAUCAACAGAGACCAGGCCACGUCCAAGCGGGACCUGCUCCGUCUGAAGAAGAACGUUUAUGCUUUCUCCAAUGCCCAGACCCAGCACUUGGACUACUGUCAUCUGGUCCAACGCCAUUUCGGCUAA